UCAGUGGGCUUGUCAAGACCAUGGCAAAGCUGGUGAUGCUCACCAUAUUUGGGAUAGGACUUGCACUCUUCAGGGAUCACCGGUCAUCUUACCAAACUCGACUUAAUGCUUUCCGAGAAGUAGAACCUGUAGAGCUUCCUAGCUGUAAUUUCAUUGAAGGAAUUGAAGCUGGCUCUGAAGACUUGGAGAUACUUCCUAAUGGGCUGUCUUUCAUUAGCUCUGGAUUAAAAUAUCCUGGAAUAAAGACCUUUGACCCUGACAGUCCUGGAAAAAUACUUCUAAUGGACCUGAAUGAAAAAGACCCGACAGCAGUGGAAUUGAAGCUCACUGGAAAUACAUUUGAUUUAUCUUCAUUUAACCCUCAUGGAAUUAGCACGUUCACAGAUGAAGAUAAUACUGUGUACCUGCUAGUGGUGAACCAUCCACAUUCUAAGACCACAAUUGAGGUGUUUAAAUUUCAAAAUGAAGAAAAAUCACUUUUACACCUGAAAACCAUCAGACAUAAACUUCUGCCUAAUGUGAAUGAUAUUGUUGCUGUGGGACCUGAGCACUUCUAUGCCACAAAUGAUCACUAUUUUGUGAACCAUUACUUGAGAUCCUGGGAGUUAUAUUUGGGCUUGGCAUGGUCAUAUGUUGUUUACUAUAGUCCAAACGAAGUCAAAGUCGUGGCAGAAGAUUUUGAUUUUGCUAAUGGAAUCAAUAUUUCACCUGAUGGCAAGUAUGUCUAUAUAGCUGAAUUGCUGGCUCAUAAGAUUCAUGUGUAUGAAAAGCACGCUAAUUGGACUUUAACUCCAUUGAAGUCUCUGGAUUUUAAUACACUUGUGGAUAAUAUAUCUGUGGAUCCUGUGACAGGGGAUCUUUGGGUUGGAUGCCAUCCCAAUGGUAUGAAAAUCUUCUUCUAUGACUCGGAGAAUCCUCCUGCAUCAGAGGUGCUACGAAUCCAGAAUAUUUUAACAGAAGAACCCAAAGUCACCCAGGUUUAUGCAGAAAACGGUACAGUGUUGCAAGGGAGUACAGUGGCUGCUGUGUACAAAGGGAAACUGCUGAUUGGCACCGUGUUCCACAAAGCUCUUUACUGUGAGCUCCAAUAGGGUACUCUGCACCUCUGCAAUAGAAAUUCUGAGUCCAUGUCAACAUCUAAGAGGACACAGUGAUCUCAACUGAACCCUGACCAUCAGCAAGGAUGAAAGUACUGUUGAAAUGCAAACAGAUAUGUCAUAUAUCAGAUCAGGCAAACAAAACCUCAUUUAUUAGUAAAAUUCUGUCAGUGAAAUGUUUGAAAUUGUCAUGUCAUAUGUCAGCUAAAUAAUAUUUUAAAUGUCCAUGACUCCCAAAUUGUCCAUUUUCUUCUGCAAAGUGUUCCCCAAGAACAUGUAUAUUUAUUUUUGUCUUACUGUGUCUGAUUUGGAUAUAGGAAAGCAGGAUUCUUAUAUGCUUUCAAAAUGCCAGGACUCACCCAGUUCCUUACAUUUAGGUGGGUCCUAAAUGGCUCUUGCUCACUCAAGGUACCCCUCCUAGGUGAAGGCCAAAUCAGGCUGCCAAAUCAGGCAGACUUAAACUGCAAUUUCUUUAUAUAUAUUAAUAUAUAUAGAAAUAUAUAUAAAUAUAUAUAUAUAUUUCUUUCUCAAUAAAUAGAAACUACAUGUACUUAAACUUUCCUUUCAUUCUU